GCACUCGGAGGUCUGCGCUUCAGCCCUUUACUCUUUCAGAUAGCACAACAUUGUCACCAGGCGAAUAAGCCUGUACUAGGGUAGUCCCUUAAGACAAUUGUUGAAAAAGAAAAAAAUAGUGGAGUAAGGAAUAAAAUUACAACUAUAUAGCUAUAAUACCCCAGUCCGUGCUAUAAUGCAAUCGACUGAGCACUACCCUGAGCCAGUUACUUUUCAUGGGUUCCGCUUCGCAAACGUCACGUUUGAGAAUGAGCUAGGCGCUGCCGACGAGUUGAAUUUCAAGCAGCCAAAACCGUCGCGAUUGACAGAUGUGGACUCUACUUGGCACGUCUGGGGGACAGGGAGAAUGGCUUAUCCUGGGGGAUACUACGCAACAGCGGUGAUGAAGGUAAUCAUGGCGCAGAGCAUACUCAACUAUGAUUGUGAGCUCCAAGAUGCUAAGCAGUCGCGCUGAAUCUCAUGGGGCUCAACGAUACUGCCAAGGAAAAGCACGAUGGUCAGUCUCACACCACUUGCGCCAUAGAGAUAAUGGAGCAUCACACCAGCUCAGGCUACAGGCCUGCGCGGGUGCUCGCCGUUGCCGAUCAUUCGUAUGUCUCCACCAUCGAAUCAAUAUGCUGGGAGGAUUUCCUUUUUGCGUAAUGACUCUAUUAGCUAAGUACCUAGGGAUUGAGGAAAG